AUGUGUAGGGUAAGUAAAACUGUAUGAAUAAAACACAUUUAUAAGAAUCUUUUUGUUUCAUUGACAUAAUGUUUGACGGCUUAAUAUUUUAUAGAUUUUUGCUCAUGAUCGGUCAAUGAAGGACUAGAUAGCAGCAACAGUUCAGAAGGCAUGGAACUUGAUCCAUGCCCGAGAAUGAAAUAAAAAAUUUUUUAAAAGAAGAUUGAGACCUGGCAAUCAACUUUGACCGAGAUAUUGAGAAAAUACUAAAUAGGAGAUUUAUUUUGGGCCACCUGUUAUAAGUUGUUAAAGUGCCAUCUAGAUCAGUAACUAUCAAAAUACAAAAUACUUUUCUACACGGUCUUAUGAUAAGAGCCAAAGCACGAACCAUGUCUUCAAAACUGAAAGAUAUGGAUUUUGAUAUCUUAAUUAAUACUAUUGAUACAUGUUGUGAAGUUAGCGAUAAAUUUGAAUCGCAAUCUGCUAUUGGAAGACAUUUCAAAGACACAGGGAAUAAACUUAGAUCCGAAGAUUUUCCAGUUCUUUUGCUUGAAAAACACACAUAUUGACUUUUACUGGAAGAGUCGUUAGCCAUAAGGACUUUUGGUCCUGCGUUACUGAGCCUCAAAAUGACUUAAAAGCAACUAAACAGUGCAACUCUGUUGAGUUCAGAAGUUCAGAAAAGGUUUCGCUUAUAAAGAUACAGAUGAAACUGUUCUCUUUUGAAUGACGAAAGCCGAUCGUAUUAAGGUCGAUCUUCUAUUCCAUAUGAGAAACAAAUUGACAUUCUCGAAUUAGAUCUUAAACUGUUGAAUUCUGUCCCCAUACCUCCUCGAGAGUCCAUUGUGGUUCAAACAAAAUUUGAUCUUUCUUCAACCCAAUUUGCUUAUUUUCAGCCACAUUCGAUAAACUAACCGACCAUUUUAAAGAUCCUUCUCAAAAGCAACAAAUUCGACAAAUCCUGAAUAAUCACGCACAAAUCUUCGAUAUCUCCAAACUAACACAAGCCCGCAAUGACAUUCGACAUAUAAUUAAUACCGAUGACAGUCUCCAAGUAGUUCACGUCCGUACCCAAAAAUAAUUCAACAGCGCCGAGAAAUGCAAGAAGAAAUUCAAAAAAUGAUGCAAAAUGGCCAGAUUCAUCCAUUCAAUUCACCGUGGUCAUCCCCAGUAAUUAAUUCACAAGAAGAAAGAUGAUGGAAUUCGUUUUCUCGUCGAUUACCAAAAAUUGAAUUCUGUAACGAAGAAAGACUCUUUUUCACAGCCAAUAACGGAAGAACUAUUGCAUGGUUUGGGUGGGAAUUGCUAUUAUACAAAGUUCAAUUUGAAAUCCGG